GAUGAACAGUCGGCCCAGCCAGCUUCCAGGAGAUCUCCCUGGUGGGCGCGGUGCAUCUGGCAAGUAGCUCGCAGUACAGUUCGAGUUUUGGCAGCUCUGGUUCAGGUUGGGCCGAAUGCGAAAAUGCCAACGUCCACGUGGAGUGUUUUGCUGGUCGUGGCCAUAAGUUGCGACUGGCCUUGGCGAUCAGCAAGGCUUUUUUGUUUUCCUCCAUAGAGCAGGAGGAAGUUCGUAGCAAUUUGAAGAUUUGAGCCAGAUCAUCCCGAAAGCGGGUCGGCCAGAAACCAACGCUGAAAUAAUAAUAAUUGAUUGGCGGAGUAGGUCCGAGCCUGGAUCCAUAGCCUUCGGUGUGUCCGUGUGUCUGUGUGGGUGAGUGUUUUGAGGUGUGUGUUGUAGGUCUGAGCCGAGUAUGAGUUGCAAGGUGAGCGGACCCGCGUUGGUGUCGGGAGGUGUUCAAGGCCAGGAUGUCUGUGUACUGGUCGACACCACCGAAGCUGGAGGUGGCAAGCUGACUUAUCACGUAACGGGUCCGUCACGCACGGAGCUGUCGAAUCGCAUGCAAGACGAAUGUCCGGGCAUGUAUCAGGCCAGCUUCGUACCACAUCACGCUGGCGAAUACUCGCUAGACGUCCGUUUCAACGACGAACCCGUGCCUGGCAGUCCGUUCAGUAUCCAGGUGCGGUCCGACUCGAGCUACGAACCACCGAAGGGCAACGCUCAGAAAGUGGUGUGCAGCGGCGACGGCCUGAGCACGUGUCGCAUCAACCAGGCGGCGUACUUCUCCGUGGACUCGUCGCGCGCCGGCCUGGGCAGGCUGUCCAUGGAGAUGUCGGGGCCGUCGCAGCCGAGCAUCACGUACGCCGAUGAUGGCGCACCGGGUACGUUCCAGUACACGGUGUCGGCGCUGGGCGAUUACGAGCUGCACAUACGCUGGGGUGCGGAGGACGUGCCUCACUCGCCGUUCCAGAUCAGCGUGGAGGACGAGAACGGCGUGGUGCCGGUGAUCCAGGGCGAUCCGGCCAAGGUGCUGGCCACCGGCCUGGGACUGGACAUGUGCACGGUCGGCGAGACCAACAAGUUCACCGUGGACCCUCGCAACGCCGGCGCUGGCCACGUGUCCGUGACCGUGGAGGGUCCCGGUCACACUGGCGUACAGCUGCAGCACGCCGACGAUGGGACCAUCGACGUCAUGUACGCCCCGCCGGCCGACGGAGACUACACUAUCAAUGUCACGUUCUCUGGCAUUCACAUCGAGGGCUCUCCGUUCAACGCCACGGCUAUCGCCCAGCCGCCUCCUCUGAUUUAACGUAAUUACCCCCCCCCCCCACACACACACACCCCUUGUGUCGUAAUCUCGACCAACCCCUCCCCAUCUCUCCCUUGCAGAGCCAUUCUAUCGUAAAAGAAAAGUAGGAAUAUGAUUAUUGCGAUCUUUCUAUUUAGGUAGAGUGCCAGGCACUGGCAAUACAUUACCAAUAACUUCCACUGCGUUCUUGCGUACGUUCUUGCACCUAGUGCCCGUAGCACGUGCACCAUAAUUAUUAUGUGCACUUAUACAUUCGGGCUAGUGGUAUUAUCGCUAUGUGAUUACAUCUGGAACAAGAUAGGCUACCGUCAGGCAAUAUCGAAACCUGACCACCUGCUCACAAAUCCUAGUCUAGAAUACAGUGUUUUAUUAUAUUCCCAUACCCACCAGUUGAGAGUAGAGCCCACACGCUCUCUUCCAUUAACACUGCAGUAGUUCAACUCAUUUCACAAUUAUUACAACGUUUCGGCAAAUUGCCUUCAUCAGGUUCACAAAGGCAAUUUGCCGAAACAUUGUAGUAUUGUGAAAUGAGUUGAACAGCUGCAGUGUUAAUGGAAGAGAGCGUGUGGGCUCUACUCUCAACUGUUCAUGAAACUGCAGGAAGCCUCCCCACUUUUACCUACAUGUAUACCCAACCGCCCUAGUAAUGUCCUUCAGCCUCAUGCAUGACACAUGGACUAGCAGAACAGUGUGCAGAGUACGAGUGUGUAUGCAAUUGAGAACUGUACAAGUGUAGGAACGAGAAAAUGUACAUUUUUCUUGCUGUAUAAUCAAGUAAAAAAAACUAGGUAAAAUUCAUCGCACUCUCUACAUUGGUUUAGUUUUCACUUCCAGAGUAAUAACUUCUAAUAAGCAGUAUACUAGUGUA